CACAAUAGAUGGGCAAGGGCUCCUUCAAGUACGCCUGGGUGCUGGACAAACUGAAGGCUGAGCGUGAGCGUGGUAUCACCAUCGACAUCGCUCUGUGGAAGUUUGAGACCAGCAAGUACUACGUGACCAUCAUUGAUGCCCCCGGACACAGGGACUUCAUCAAGAACAUGAUCACUGGUACCUCUCAGGCUGACUGCGCCGUGCUGAUCGUUGCUGGCGGUGUCGGUGAGUUCGAGGCCGGUAUCUCCAAGAACGGCCAGACCCGUGAGCACGCCCUGCUGGCCUUCACUCUGGGUGUGAAGCAGCUCAUUGUUGGAGUCAACAAGAUGGACUCCACUGAGCCCCCUUACAGUGAGGGACGAUUCAAAGAGAUCGCGAAGGAAGUGAGCGCCUACAUCAAGAAGAUCGGCUACAACCCCGCCACCGUUGCCUUCGUCCCCAUCUCUGGAUGGCACGGAGACAACAUGCUGGAGGCCAGUGACAAGGUGAGAGACAUUAAACACUGUAGCUGUUGUUGGAUCUUUCCUCACAUCAAAUCCCCUUAAAUCAGACCAUCACACAGACAAC